CCGCUGCCACCCACCCACUGACCUCGCUGCAUCCCAGCCAACCAGCCAUGGGGAAGAUCACCUUCUACGAGGACCGCGGCUUCCAGGGCCGCCGCUUCGAGUGCAGCAGCGACCACCCCAACCUGCAGCCCUACCUCAGCCGCUGCAACUCCAUCCGCGUGGACAGCGGCUGCUGGAUGCUCUAUGAGCGCCCCGACUACCAGGGCCCCCAGUACUUCCUGCGGCGCGGCGACUACCCUGACCACCAGCAGUGGCUGGGCCUCAGCGACGUGGUCCGCUCCUGCCGCCUCAUCCCCCAGACAGGCUCCCACCGGCUGUGGCUGUAUGAGAGAGAGGACCACCAAGGCCACAUGGUGGAGCUGAGCGAGGACUGCUCCUGCAUCCAGGACCGCUUCCACCGGGCUGAGGUCUGCUCCCUCCACGUGCUGGAGGGCUGCUGGGUCCUCUACGAGAUGCCCAACUACCGGGGGCAGCACUGCCUGCUGAGGCCCCAGGAGUACAGGCGCUCCCACGACUGGGGGGCCACGGAUGCUAAGGCUGGCUCCCUGAGGAGGGUGGUGGAUUUAUACUGAAAUCGGUUCACGCUACCAUUUUCUCAGUUUGGAACCUAAUAAAAUAUUUCGUCUGUA